AUGGCCGGAGAAGAUGGCGGCCCUAUUCGAGUCCGCUAUGGAGCCCCAGCACCCGACGAAAUGGAACCACCUGCAUUGGCAAUGACCCCAUUGAAGCUCAAACUGAUGGCAGUAGGCUACGAUACGCUGUGGUUAUCGCUGUUUCUGUCGGCCCUUGAGACCACCAUCGUCGGCACUUCGUUGCUGAGAAUAGGUGAGGAUCUCAACGACACCAGUAACACUGAAUGGGUGGUGGUCGUUUAUCUACUCACCUACGAUGCAUUCCUGUUGGUCUCGACAAAUUUAGGGGACGUGUUUGGCCUUAAACUCAUUCUGCUUAUUGCGAAUUCCAUCUUUAUGAUCGCCUCAAUUACAUGUGCAGUGGCUCAGACCCUGCCUCAACUGAUCGUUUUCCGAGCCUUCCAGGGCAUGGGUGGCUCGGGGAUCUACUCAGUCUCAUUUUUACUCAGCUCCGUGUAUGCGAUUGCCAAUUUACUGGGUCCCAUCCUUGGCGGUGCUAUCACGGAUCAUACCACAUGGCGAUGGGUUUUCUGGAUCAAUGUCCCGGGCGCAGCAAUAACCAUCGUGAUUCUCAUCUUUACGGUGCCACAGAUGCAAAUUAAUAUGGGCGGGAACAUUCUCAAUGCCCUGAAGCGAGCUGAUAUUGUGGGAUGCACAUUGUCCGUUAUAUGGUUUAUUCCCUUGUUCUUUGCCCUCCAGGAAGCCGGAUCCCUCUAUCCUUGGGAUAGCGCCCCGAUCAUUGCAACCCUGGUUCUUCGUCUCGUCUUGCUGUUCAUGUUUGCAUUAUACGAGACCCGGCUGAUGCGCUGUUCUGUAUACGAACCGACCUUUCCCGUUCGAUAUCUGGUGGAUGGAGUGGUGUCGACAAUCAUGUUGUCAAUGUUCAGUUCCGGCGUCCUUUUCUAUGUCGCGAUCAUUGAGAUCCCGCAACGGUUUCAAAUCGUCAACGGUCUCUCUGCCGAGCGCUCCGGGAUCCUUUUGCUUCCCAUGACCAUUGUGACUCCAUUCUCAGCCACCGCGGCGGGAAUUAUCGCAGGGAAGAAGCCGCGAUUGUGCGAAUACCUUACUCUAGGCGGCACCGCUCUCGCCCUCGUUAAUGGGUCUGCUACCUACCAAUCACAACAUCCCUCUCCACAGUACGGCUACCAGGUCAUCUUGAGCCUCGUGUUGGGCUUGAUUAUGCCAUCGGUGUUUAUGAUCUUGAGAAUGACUAUUUCUCAAGCCCAGCUAGCUUCGGCCAUCGGAGCGAAUAACAUGGUACGCACUCUAGGGGGAUGCAUCGGCCUUGCGAUCUGCUCGUCAGUUAGUCGUAGUGAGCUGGAUGCAGGCUUGGGGACAUUCUUGUCCGAAGCCCAGAUCAAGGCGCUGUCCCAGUCGACGGCAAGUCUCAGCCUUCUUCCCGGUGCGGAGGAGCAGCGAGUGCGAUCUGUUUAUGGAGGGUCUUUCAACGAGGAAAUUCCGGGUCUUGAUUGCCUUUGGUGGUCUUGGAGUGCUCGCAUCAGUUGGGCUUAUUGUGGCGAGAUGGCGUCGGGAGAAGGAGAAGCAGGCAUUGCAAUCUAG